AUGGAAGCGGCCGCGCUCGGCCACCGCUGGCUCUUCGCGACGACGAAGUCGCUGACGCUGCUCCUGGGCGAGGACACGGCGCCGGGCACGGCCGUCGAGUGCGGCUUCGUCUGCGCGACGAUCUCGCUCGGCGUCUUCGGGCUGUCGGUCGUCAUCGGCCAGGUGACGCUCGUCGCGUCCGAUCUGGACGCCAUCGGGCGGAAGAAGACGGAGCAGGUCGACGCCGUGCUGCUCUAUUUACGGUAUCGCGGCGUGCCGGGCGACGUGUCCAAGGAGAUCGUGCGCUUCAUCGAGUACAUGUGGAACAGCGGCCAGGCGGAGCACGAGACCGCGGGCCUCGAGACGCUGCCCGAUUCCUUGAAGCUCCGCCUCGACCUCGCGCUCAAGCAGCAGUUGAUCCGCAAGGUGCCCCUCUUCGAGGACCUGCCGCCGACGGGCGUCGUCGCCGUCGUCCGGGCGCUGCAGUCGCUCGUGGUGAUCCCGGGCGAGGUCAUCGUCCACGAGGGCCACGAGGGCCACGAGAUGUUCUUCAUCGGGUCCGGCUCCGUGCGCGUCUACAAGCGCCGCGAGGACGGGUCGGACAUCGAGCUCGCGCAGCUCCACGCCGGGUCGUUCUUCGGCGAGAUGGCCCUGCUCGAGGCCCAGCUCCGCAUGGCGUCGAUCGCGGCGCUCACGUUCUGCGACCUCUUCGUGCUGAGCGCGUCGGACUACGAGGACAUCUCCCAGUCGAACUCGAGCCUCCGGGACGCGCUCCACGCGUUCGCGCGGAAGCGG